AUGGAACAAUCGAAAACUAUUACUGUUGAUACUCUCCAUUGCGUCACAUUUCUAAAUCUAAUAGAAAUCUUUCAUGCACGAAGGAGCUUAAAGAAGGUCAUCUUGCACAUGCAUACGUUGUUUCAAAUCAUGUGCACUAUCGUUGCACAUGGAACCUUUCAAGACACUCCCAUAUUCCGUAUUUGUGCUGACAGCUUUUUCUAUCACUAUGGAUUAAUUUUGAUUUGCUCAAGUAAUGGUGAAUUUGAUUGCCUCCCUAAUGUGUUCAGUGUCAUCGCUAUAUGGAAUGCGCUCUCUCUAAACAAAGUCCACGACUAUAAUUUGAACCCUGUUCUCGGUGACAAGUUCGGAGCCAUUGCCUACGUCAAUAGGGCUUGUUUUAUUUUUAGAUGUGCCCUUGAUGAAAAGAAAACUUUGGCGUUCUGCUUGAGGUUGGAGAUCGAAAAUACGAUUCGGUCCGAAAAGAGAUCAAGCUACCAGAAGCUUUUACUAGAAUCAGCGAUGCUCUUACUACUAGAGGUUGCUCAACCAAGUCAUGAUCAGGUUAGAAUUCAUUAUCAUGAGUAUACAUCACAAUGUUUAGCCUAUUUGCAGACAUCAGUUUUAGAUGAGGAAGACUUAACCAUCUUCUGGGUUUUUCUCAUCUGCGGAUUAUGCAUUGAUAGAGAAGUGGACAGGAAAACAUUCAGAAGUAUUUGUGAGAUCAGUGGUACGAAAGAUAUCCCAAACGGCUUUCGAAUCCCUAUUCUUGGAUUAAUGGAGAAUGCAUGGAAAACGAACGAGGGGCUUCAAAUUUUGAAUGAUACCAAAUUCACCACAGAACUUCAUGAUAUUUUAGUAGCACCCUGA